UCUGCUCUUACCGCCGAGUGGUGGUGUCGUGUGCCAGGUUGUGUUUGAAUGUAUCUGACAGUUUGUAGUUUCUAGUGAUUGUAAAUAGUGACAAUAAUAAUAUUACCAUUUAGGUGCUGAGAAAAAUGGGGUCUUGCAUUAAUUUUUUAUUAUUAUUGCCAUGUUUAAUAAAAGUAACGUUACAAGUUUCUACAGCUUCGUCAGACAGCUACGUGGCAGCGGUCCUGGAGUACAGUCCCGCUCUAGACACAGCUACCAACUUACGGAAUUACCUUCAAUACAUAGAGGAGGCCGCUAGCAAGGAUGCGGACAUCGUGGUGUUUCCAGAAAUGACACUGAAUAGAUUCCGGGAUCCGAUCGAAGUGGCAACAAACGGCACUCUGAAGGAACAUCCGAUUCCAGCAUUGAACGAGGAUUUGUACCAUGAGGUUCUCGUGAACAUAUCAAAAGCAGCGCGGGAGAACAGCAUCUAUGUGGUUAUAAACAUAGAAGAGGUCAUGUAUUGCAACACCACCACUCCAAACGAGUACUGCCCUGAGGAGAAGGUCUACCUCUUCAACACCAACGUGGUCUUCGACAGGAAAGGAGCAGUUAUUGAUAGGUACCGCAAGAUCCACUUAUUUGGCGAGUUCUCUCGUACCCCCGCCUUGAAGCCCGACCUGGGUGUGUUUACAACGGACUUCGGCGUGAAGUUCGCACAUUACAUCUGUUUCGACCUGCAGUUCCAGGUGCCGGCUGUGCAGGUCGUCGACAAGCUCAACGUGACCGACGUCAUCUUCACUACGAUGUGGUUCUCGGAGAUGCCUUAUCUGAGUGCUGUGCAGAUCCAGGAAGGUUACGCUUUUGCCAUGGAUGUCAACUUUAUUGCUGCAGGUGCGAAUAACGUCCGAUUUGGAAGUUCAGGAUCAGGCAUUUUUUCCGGCAAAGCUGGUGCUCUGGUCAGCGUCAUGCCAGGUUUGCCAACUACAAAACUUCUCGUUGCUACUGUACCGAAAGCUCCAGGACAGGUGACUGGUCCCAAACCUGGUCCUAUCUACAAUAACCCGGAAGACCACGACAGCCUGACCCUCAUCACGGACCCCUCUCUCAGGGCCCACUACACCAGGGUGCUGACUCCUGGAUUGCAACAGUUCACGAUGUCAGCUGGGGAUAUCGUCUGCGAUUUCAAAGUCAAUAUGACUGAGAAUGAAUCGGAGGCUGAUGUUCCUCGCUACCAGUAUCGUGCUGCAGUGUUCGACGGUAUCCGCAGCUACUCCGGUUUUGUCACGGGUGGCACGCGACUCUGCUCCAUCAUAUCGUGCACUGGAGAUACCCCCGACACUUGCGGGAGACGGUUUCCUCAAUACGCGCCGAAAUCUACGGCAAUCUUUCACGAGCUUAACAUUAUUGCUACCGUACCAACACCACGUAUUGAUGCAGAGUUAGAAUCAAGAGAUACAGUUUACUUCCCGCUCUCCCUGGACACGUCUAUUAUGCCCUUAGAACCUGACUACUACACGUAUAGUGAAGACAAAAACGAAGAAGUGACUGUUUACAAUUUGUUUUUGGAAAAAUAUGAUAGAGAACUGUAUAGUUUCGCAAUUUGGGGAAGAGUAUUCGCCGGAGACGGUGAACUAGAAGACCCUCCACUAACAGAACCCACUACGUUACCAUCUACAGAAACUACUGAAGUAUCACUGGAUAGCACUACCACCGAUAUAGACGCUGAUGACGAUUCAUCUGUUAGUCAUUUAAUAACUAAAAGUUUGCUAAUACCAGUAUUAUUGUUAUUGUUGAAAUAAAACUUCGAGGUAUACAUACGCCCGGUUUCUGACAGGUUGUUCAGCAAAAAAUAAAAUACAAAAGCCAUUGAAUCUAAUUUUAACAGUUAAUUCAAGGGACGGACAAUCACUGCAGGUUGCUGCGAGUUAUUUAAAGUAUAUCCUUAUAUUUAAAAAAGAAUGACACAAUCGGCGGAACACAUACUUUGAUGAAAGGAACUUAGAAACAGGAAUUGGGUAUCUAUAGAACUUUACAGCUGAACUUCCUCAUGUAUCCACCCUGGUUUACCAACGUUCGUUUUGACUGUUUAACUGUAACAGCAACAGCUCAUAGGCUUCGAUCCGGACAUGUUCCAUUAAACAAAUUUGGGUAUAUAAUGAAGAAAGUUAACUCCCUGGAAAAAUUGACGAUGUCCAACAUUUGUUGAUGUAAUGUGUAAGGAAUUCGGACAUAAGAGACAAAUUAGUUGCGGAUUUGAAAAUCGAUAAACAUAAUUAUGGGCUGUUCCUUUGCUUUCUUGCAGAACCCAACCUCCAAAGAGGCUUUUUUGCUUUAGAAAUUCACAGCAAAGUUUGAUUAAAAAAUGGGACU